UAGCAAGCCUCUUCACUUAUUCCCUCGAUCAUGUCCAGAAAGCCAUCCGAAGCCAAGGCAAGCAAAGAGAAAACGAAGAGCAAAGCAGAUGGCGUUUACACGGUUGUCCGGAGAUGUAAUCGCUCAAAUAAUCUCUCUCACCACUCCACAAGAUGCUUGUGCCAUGUCCUCCGUCUCCACCAACUUCAGAUCGAUUGCAGAUUCUGAUCAAGUGUGGUCCAAUUUCUUGCCUCCUGGCUGUGAGGACUUGAUCCCUCAGCUAUCAACCAAGAAGUCUCUCUAUCACCAUCUCUGGGAGCAUCCAGUCCUGAUCAAUGGCCGGAACAUGAGGCUUUCAUUGGAUAAGAAGAGUGGAAAGAAAUGUUUUAUGUUGGGAGCAAGAGACCUGUCCAUCAUAUGGGGAGACGACCAGAGGUAUUGGAGAUGGAUGGCUACACCAGAAUCCAGGUUUAACGAAGUGGCUCUGCUCCGGUAUGUGUGGUGGUUUCACAUCAUAGGAAGAAUCGAGACCUCUAUGCUCUCAUCCGGAACAAAUUAUGCAGCUUAUUUCGUAUUCCGGUUCGAUGGCCAAGGGGGUGGAUUCAAUCAGCCAGUGAAUUCGAACGUCUGUAUUGGCAGCGAAGAGCACGAUGAAGGGCGAUCCGUGACGCUGAAUCCUAGAGGAGGAGAGCCUACGGCGAUCCGCGAGCGUGCAGACGGAUGGAUGGAGAUCGAGAUGGGGGAGUUCCACAAUGAAAAUGGUGAUGGAACACUGGUGUGUUGUCUCAAGGAGGUUGACAACUACAGACAGAAGAGUGGUCUCAUUGUUGAAGGGAUCGAACUUAGGCCUAAAGAAACGCACUAGAUCACGGAACGAACACAGGUCUUUUUGUUGCGUGGAUGUGGUAUUUGCUGAUGCUAGUCAUUUAGGUGUGUGCUUGUAUGGACGAUAUGCACUGGCUGUGCUCCGAUCCAAGCUAGUCUAUGUAAAGGAUACUAAAUAAUCACCCCAAAAAUUGCACUACAAGUUUUAU